AAAGGCCAUUCUGACUGGCGGGGGGAGAAAGUAAACAGAGUUGAAUCACCCUUCUCACUGGCCAAUUGGAGGGCGUUUGGAUUGUGACGUGAUGGGAUUCUGCGAAAUUGUUACUGAGCAAGAGAAUGCCGGAACAGUGAGGACCGGCUGGAGGGGGGUCGUGGGGCGGGUUGUGCGCUGUGGCAAAAGUAUUUCUUAGACCUGGAUUUUUCCCGCUAUCUCCAAACCGGGUUUUUUUUUUUUUUUUUUUUUUUUUUUUUUUUUGGGCUUGGUCUGCGUUGAGAAAUCUAGGAAGACAGUUAGACGGCUGGGGAUCGCGGAGCCCCGCUUCUGCGUUUUUUUAAAAGCUCUUACCUCUCCCGGAACGUCUUGAGUUUUUUUUUUCCUCCCAUAGAAAUCAUAACUUGAAAUCGCCCCGUGCGGCAUCUUUCCAAGACAACCUUAUUGUUGGAGUCCGUUGCGCUUGUCUGUUGGGAUUGUCUUGGAAAGCUGCAGGGGCCCGCUAGUCCCGGGGAAGGGAGGGCUUUGGGAGAGUGAGAAAGCCCCCGCCGUAGCCCUGGGUAGUGGAUGCUGCGUUUGGAGUCACUGGUUGUUACGUAAAGAUGAGGGGUUGAGGUCGCCUUCUUGCGCGGAUUCCAAAGCGCGCUGCUUUCUCCUCCCCGCCCCCUUGGCUCCGCGAUCUCGCUAGUCUGGGGAGAGAGGGCGAGCUGAUUGAUCGGAGGGGGACCAGAGGGAGAAAAUAAGUCUGAUAAUAAUCCUCAUAAUAAAGCGGCAAGCCAAGCCCGGGAGGCGCGACCGGAGCGGGGGAAAGUUGGCGCUGCCGGACUUAGGGGCCUCCUGCUCCUCCCUGCGCCCUCGGGCCCGCACCAUGUCCGCAGCCGCCUACAUGGACUUCGUGGCCGCUCAGUGCCUGGUCUCUAUUUCCAACCGCGCUGCGGGAGCGGAGCACGGGGCCGCCGAGGCGGAGAGGCUGAAGAUGCCCGAGCGGGAAGGGACGAAGGAGCACGGUGACCCCGGGGAUGCCUGGAAGGAUUACUGCGCUUUGGUCACCAUCGCCAAAAGCUUGUUGGACCUUAACAAAUACCGACCCUUGGCGACCCCUUCCCUCUGCAGCGACAGUGUCGAAAGCCCCGACGAGGACCUGGGAUCCGACAGCGACGUGACCACUGAAUCUGGGUCGAGCCCUUCCCACAGCCCCGAGGAAAGGCAGGAUUCUGGUGGGGUGCCCGGGUCUCUCUCCCUCCUCCACCCUGGAAUGUCUGCGAAAGGGAAACUAGCCUCCGAAAAGAGGCACAAGUGUCCAUACAGUGGAUGUGGCAAAGUCUAUGGAAAAUCCUCCCAUCUAAAAGCCCAUUACAGAGUGCAUACAGGUGAGCGACCUUUUCCUUGCACAUGGCCGGACUGCCUUAAAAAGUUCUCCCGCUCAGAUGAGCUGACCCGCCACUACAGAACCCACACUGGUGAAAAGCAGUUCCGGUGUCCGCUGUGUGAAAAGCGCUUCAUGAGGAGUGACCAUCUGACGAAGCAUGCCCGACGUCACACUGAGUUUCACCCCAGUAUGAUCAAGCGAUCUAAAAAAUCCCUUGCAAAUCCUUUGUGAGACCCUGGAUGUACCAGAGGAGG